CACAACCUCAGCUGUGCACAGAGCAGAAGCCAAGCGCCUGCUCUUUGCCCCACCCAAGCUCAGAGCCCGAGAACAACCUCCUCCCUCUUCCCAAAAGCCAACAGCAGAGAGCAUGCUUCAAACUGAAUAAGGAAGCCUUUGCAAACUGUUAAGGCUACUUUCAAAAGCUUCCACUUCGCCCAUCAGACCAGCCUUGGCAGCAUCCCAACUCCUGCACAGCCCUGUGUGCUGCUGGAAAUCCCCCACAACCAGAGCCUGAGUGAAAAAACACAGGAAGGGCUGAGAAGGCUCCAGAACUGGUUUCAACAACUUUUCAAGUUUGGGUGAUCAUCAAGAGUUUGCCAGUGAUGCUGACAAUAAUUGCCUCUUUGACAGGUGACUAAGACCAAGCAGAAGGAAAGAGGACAAAUGUGCAAUUGAGAGGGACAGAAAGGUAUGUCCCACUUGUCAUCUUUGCUGUAAUGAAGCUUUUGGAGGACUUAGUGGGAAACUAAAAUGGCUGAGGUUUCACAUACUGCUUAGGCAAAGUCCCUUUUCAGCCCCUUUUGAAGUAUCCCUGGUAUCAGCAACCAGCUCCAGAGGCUGGGACACCAGGUGGAAGGAAGGGACACCAGGGAAGGUGUCUUGCUCCUGGAACAGCUCCUUGCACCUCAGCUAGCGCCAGGCCAUUUCAUCCCCCACUGGAGUGUUCCUCGGUGCUGGGGGCUGAGCCAGCACAGCCCCACUGCAGCACACACCUCUCAGCCUCCGGACGAGAUGGCCGCCCUCAUCGCUGAGAACUUCCGCUUCCUCUCCUUGUUCUUCAAGAGCAAAGAUGUGAUGAUUUUCAAUGGUUUGGUGGCCCUGGGCACGGUGGGGAGCGAGGAGCUCUUCUCAGUCGUUGCCUUUCACUGCCCCUGCUCCCCUGCCCGCAACUACAUCUAUGGGCUGGCUGCCAUCGGUGUCCCGGCCCUGGCCCUCUUCCUCAUUGGUGUCAUCUGGAACAAUCACACCUGGAACCUGGUGGCCGAGUGCCACAAGCGUGGCGUCAAGAACUUCUCUGCUGCUGCCACCUUCCUCCUCUUCGGCUCCAUCAUGGGCCGAGCGUCCGUGGCACCCAUCACUUGGUCGGUCAUCUCGCUGCUGCGUGGGGAAGCUUACAUCUGUGCCCUCAGCGAGUUUGUCAAGCCAUCCUCCCUGGACAAGCUUCCAGCUGAGUACGGGGCCGAGGUGCUGGCCAAGAUCCCCUGUAGAGACGUCCCCGCAAACCUCACCAAGUUCAGGGACGAGGUGACCCGGAGGCUGAGAUACGAGUCCCAGCUCUUUGGCUGGCUGCUCAUCGGCAUCGUUGCGGUCCUGGUUUUCCUCACCAAGUGCCUGAAGCACUGCUGCUCGCCGCUGAGCUACCGGCAGGAGGCCUACUGGGCCCAGUACCGCUCCAACGAGGACAAGCUCUUCCGACGCACGGCCGAGGUCCACUCCAGGAUCCUGGCAGCCAAGAACGUGAAACAAUUCUUUGGCUUUGUGGCACUGGACAAGGAGGAGAAGGAGCUGGUGCAGGAGUUCCCGGUGGAGGGCGUCCAGCCGAGCCCCCAGUGGAAUGCCAUCACAGGUGUCUACAUCUACCGAGAGAACAAGGGCUUCCCCCUCUACAGCCGCCUCCACAAAUGGGCCAAAGGGGUGGAAGGGAACGGGCCAACCCCAGAAGGCCAUGAACUGCUGUUUUUAGCUUCCUAAGACAGAUGUGCACCAGCAGUGCUUCCCCUGACUGCCUGGCAGGCCUUCCAGUAUCUGUGCUCAGCUGAGGGACGCACUGGGAACAUUCCUCCCGGCAGGAUUACUUCUAUCAGCAGGUAAAGAGGAAUCAACAGCCUCAAGGCACAGACUGAUAAGCAAUACCCUGAGCUGGGGAACCUCCCCCUCGGAGACAACAGUCUCACUGCUGCUCCCAGAGACACAGAGGAGCAGAUGCAGCCCUUACCUCCAGGUGGGACGCAAGAGAUGGGCACAUUUCUCACUGUGAUUCCUGCAGUCCCACUUGUCUCCCCCACAGCAGGGUUAGCCCCAGCCAUCCCAUACCUAUUUGAUUUAUUGACAUUGAUAUCUUCUUACACACUUGUGUGAUGCCUGUUACACAGGCAGGUCCCAGAGCACUUUACAGACUUUACAGUGCAGGUAAAAGAAGGAAGCAGUGGAUAAAUUCCUGAGGCAAGGAGGAUGUAAUGGCAUCUGGGAAGGAAUGGGUCAGUAAUAGCCACCAACCAAAUAACUGAGACACUAAAGCAGGAGGAAUCACCAAUAUUCCUGGUAUUCAGAAAGGCACUCUGUAAUUACCAAGUUGAAAUUUGGGUAAGACACCAAACUCCUUUUGUUCUUACUAAAGUGCCUGGCAAUCUCUAAUGAGCCCAAACUUCUCUGCUGCUGCCACCUCUGCUCCAAAUGAUCACCACCAAGAUUUUAUAAAUCCAGAGGAGGCACCAUCAGCAGAACAGCUUUGGGGCAAGGUAGCGAGGUGGAGACUGAAAGGAAUCAGUACCCACAGCACUGUCUGCAUCUCAUUGCAUUUGUCAUCCAACCAUCAGAUGAGAGUCCUUUGGGUUACAAGCUGCAGGACGACCUCAACCAGAAUUAGCUUUACAGAAAUGUAUGUACAAACAUACAUAUAGUGGAUAUACCACAUAACUGUCAUUAGUGUGUUGUAUUAAUGGAGCAUCUUUCUCAGAGGGGAAGGGGAUGAGAAAGCUGACAGCCCAAAGAGUAUAUUACAUUCACCCAUCUGCUGCACUGGGACUGCAGCCCUGGAGCAACAAGGGGACAGCAGGAAGAGAAUGGGGGAGCAGCCCUCUCCCUACACAUCUACCACUGAAUUUUCUAAAACUCUUUCCACUGCCUUAAUUGGCCCCUGGAGCACAUCUCUUUUAUAGACUUGGCCAUACUCUGAGAAAGCAAAACCAGAAAGGUGUAAAUUACUACCCUCACCAUGACACUGUGUGACUAUGGCUUCAAGGCUGCUCCUCUGGCUUUGCACAGUCCCUUUUCUCCCAGGGGUCAAUCCUGUGUACACUGUUUAAAGAGCUGGCAUGACAGAGAAGUUUGGUUUUCCUACUUGAACUCUUUUGUUAUAGAUACAAUUUCUUUUUACUCUGUGCCAUUUACCAAAAAGCCUUAAGCUGUUCAAAAAACAGCCCAAACCCACAAAACUCAGAGGGGCUUACACACAAGGAGAUUUGAAAUAAAUUAUUAAAUGAGA